AAAUCGCCCCCCACGCCCCAGGAAAACCCAUUCCACGGUUCCUCCCCUCCCCACCAGCCGCAGCGACGAGGCGAGAAGAGAGAGAGAAAAAAAAUGCUGCGCCACGCCGCCCGCCGCCUGGUCGCCGCCCGCGGCAGCGGCAGCAUCAGGGCGCUCUCCACCGCGGGGGUGCCCGCCGAGGCGGCCGACGACUCCGCCUUCUCGGAGGCGUGGAAGAAGGUGGCCCCGAACAUUGAGGCCCCCGCCACGCCCCUCUCGCUCAUGCAGCCCCGCCCGCCCACGCCGGCGGCCAUCCCCUCCAAGCUCACCAUCAACUUCGUCCUCCCCUACAAGUCCGAGAUCGCCAACAAGGAGGUUGACAUGGUUAUUGUACCAGCAACAACUGGUCAGAUGGGUGUUUUGCCUGGCCAUGUUUCCACGAUUGCAGAGCUCAAGCCUGGUGUUCUCUCGGUACACGAGGGAAAUGAUAUCACCAAGUACUUUGUGAGCAGUGGCUUUGCAUUCGUCCAUGCAAACUCCAUCGCUGAUAUCGUGGCUGUCGAGGCUGUCCCCCUGGACCAGAUUGACCCAGCCUUGGUCCAGGAGGGGCUCGCAGAGUUCAAUGCCAAGCUUGGAUCGGCCUCAACUGACCUGGAGAAGGCUGAAGCUCAGAUCGGAGUGGAUGUUCACAGUGCGCUCAAUGCCGCAUUGGCCGGUUGAUCAAUACGUUAAAUCUGCUGCCUCUCUUUUGCAUCUUCAUUUUUAGAAUGUGAGCUGAAGUUUGCAAACUCAUGAAUGAGUGAUGGAGGGAAUGAUCUUAAAUAAAUUAUACUCCAUCUCAAAGAAAGACCCAUGUUUCUUUUUUCUUCUUAACUUGACUCCUGCAUGGAUUUUUGUAAUGGUGAAUAUUUUUCUCCGAGCUACAAGUCCAGUUCUGGUUCCA